AGUUUGUUCGUAGUGUUUAAGGUUCAAACAUUUUUGUUCUUAAAUCAAUAGGUACUGAAGACUUCAUUUUUAUACAAAGUUACAAAGUAAGGGAAAUUUCAUUAUUCCCUGAUUUCCACCUCGACCGAGUGAACUGUCAUCUACUGAAAUCGUCCAAUGUACUCCAAUACUAGUAAUGAUGAACUCGAACCUCGUCCGGCGCCCAAGCCCACACAGUUUCAAGAAUUGUCGGCAAAACCUGAGGUUCCAGAAUUAUCAGUCGUAUUCGAUUCAUCAGAAAAUAAUUCAAAACCAUUAAAUAGGCACCCAUCGUAUUAUACAAACAGUCCAAAUUCUCAUGAAACAUAUAGUGAAUGGAAAAAUCGUCAAAAUCGCUCACCUCCAGUACAUAAAGAAACUCGUUACUAUGAACCACGCGACAAGCAAUAUUAUGGAUCUUCCUCAUACAGCGAUUGUGAUCAAAAUCCUUACAGUCGCUUUUCAGACAAAAUUUCCUACAAAUCUAGUAGCGAUUAUCACAAAUGUGCCUGUCAAAACACACCUACAGUUAAAGAUAUUUACAACAUGAUGCAAUUACAAAAUGAUCAAAUGAAAUUUCUUUUAGAAACCAUACAAAAAUUGUUAGUCACUGUAUUAUCUAAUCAGCAAAACCAACAUAAAUGUUGUUGCUCUGAAAAUGGUCAUUGUAAAAAAGAUAAUGAUUCUAAAACAACAGAAGAGUUGAAAAAAGAUGUUACUCAAAAAGAAUAUAAUUCACAACAUUCUAACGAUAACAAUACAGAAAAACCACAAACAAAUUUAAAAAUAACUGAAACUGUACCGAAAAAAAACGAAUUAAAUAAAAAUUUUAAAUGCUCUGGUAAACCAGAUGUCACAUCCGUAACAAAAGAAAAAGAAAAAAAUCCAGUAAAUACUAGAUGCGAUAAUAAUAAUGAUGAGAAAGAUAAUAAAAAAGAGAAGGAAAGGACUUACUCCAUUAUAAGUGAUGAAUCGUUUGAUUUAAAUGCAAAUGAUGUUCAAGUAAUUGAGGAUCCAAUAUCUCCAGAACAAUCGAUUCACAUUGAUAUGAAAUCUUCGUCUGAAGAUAGUGAAAAUAGUGAAUGCGAAGAAGAAAAUGAUAAAAAAAUUGAAGUUGGGUGGACAAUGUAUAAAAAUAUUAUUGGACAAGUAAAUAACCUGCUUGAAGAUAAUACGAGUGGACGGAAAUCUGAUGUAGCUGAACCAGUAGAACGUGUUAAACAUAUAGCAACAACUACACCAAAGAAUUUUGAACCGUACAAACAUUUUAUGUUACCAGAAAAUAGUAAAAUAGAUUCCAGCUUACAGAUGCAAGCACUUGCCAUGCAAUACCUAUCACCUGAACAAGCGGUAAAAUUUGAUAUGAAUAAACAUUUUGUGCCAACAACACAACCUACCACAAAAUCUCCAAAUAACUAUUCUAUUUCAACCCUACAUUAUAUGGAAAGAUAUCAUCUGAUUGCACCUGAAAAAACUUAUACUUCAGAAAACUCUCAUCAAAAAUUGCCAACAGAAGGAUUAUUGAACAAAAAGAAAAAAUCAUUGCGUAAAAAUAAAACCCCUUCAAAAAUACUUAAUAUCACUGAACUUAAGCAACAACCAAAAUUAUCAUAACAGUAUAUCAUUUUUUUUUUGUUUUAAUUAAUUUUAUUGUUCUAUAACAUUAGUGUUUUAAAGUUAAGAUAGAUUAGAUUAUAUAUGUAUACAUUUUUUUUUAUUAAUAUUUUUGUAAUGCUCAAUGGUAAAUAUUAAUACAUUUUGAGCCUAUUUCAUGGGUAAAUAAUAAUUUACCAUUUACAUUUUUAAUAUACAUAUAUAUAUAUAUAAUUAUUGUAUUAUUUAUCAACCUCUGGAUUUGAAAUAGCUAUUAUUGUUUUUAAAACUGAUAAUAUAAUAUAUUUAUCUAAAAGAAAAUUUAUUUCAAAACGCGUCCUAUAACUCACUUCUUAA